UGGCGACAGUUUCUUAAUUCGCACUGGAGCGCAGACAUACGGACGCGUUGGCAAGUGUGUUAAGCGGCGAGUGUGCGGAGCUGCUCCGGAGGGAAGAGUUUACUGUGUGUUUCUGACUCUCUUUAAACAAUAACUAAUUCCCAGUCCGCCUCUCAGAUAAUACCAGUUCCUCUCAUUUUUUUUUUUAAAUUGGCAUAUUGUUUACAGCAAGGGGGAUAACCUGCAGUGGGGAAAAUAACCGCCAUUUUACCAAAUAAAAACACGUUUUCAGCGACAGCAGCUGCAUAACAUGGCUCUGAAAAGAAUUCAUAAGGAGUUGAAUGAUUUGGCCCGUGAUCCACCGGCGCAGUGUUCGGCUGGACCUGUUGGGGAUGACAUGUUCCACUGGCAAGCCACAAUAAUGGGACCAAAUGACAGUCCUUACCAGGGUGGAGUAUUUUUCUUGACAAUUCACUUUCCCACAGAUUAUCCCUUCAAACCACCAAAGGUUGCAUUUACAACAAGAAUCUAUCACCCAAAUAUCAACAGCAAUGGCAGCAUCUGUCUUGAUAUUCUGCGCUCACAGUGGUCUCCAGCACUCACUAUUUCAAAAGUCCUCUUGUCCAUCUGUUCACUGUUAUGUGAUCCGAAUCCAGAUGAUCCUUUAGUCCCCGAGAUUGCGCGCAUCUACAAAACCGACAGAGAGAAGUACAACAGAAUAGCUCGGGAAUGGACACAAAAGUAUGCAAUGUAGUAUUGGAGAACUGUGGCUACACCUCUACAACGAUGGCUAGGGGACUUUGAAAGAAAACAAGUUGUUUUGGUAUCCAUUUGACUGCUCUCUAUGAACCCACGCCUCCUCUUGCCCUGUGCACAUGCUUACUUGACCCAGCAGGGCUGUGCUGUGUUGUACAUAUUUGGAACAGCAAACUUGCAAAUAAUGUGCUCCCUAUAUCUUGCUAGUUUGGCAUUGAACACAGAAGUGUGUUAGGGCCAGUUAAUCGGUUGUAACAAAGAGUUGUGAAUCUAAAAGCAUUCCUUACCAUUUUAAGUUGGGGUAUGUUGAAAUGUGUUUUUUCUUUUCCUGUGCUUCCAGGCAAUAUUUUUCACUACUAAUCAGUGGGAGGGAGAUGUAUUUUUGUAUAAAUUAUCAGCAAUUCUUUUAAACUCAUAGCAGGUUAUGAAUAGAAAGGUGGUCUUCUGUUUGUUUGUGUAUUGCAGGUAUAUUCUGAAGGAAUUAUUUCUCCCUUUAUUUUUGCAUAAAUGUCAUGACCAGGAAUGUACCCACAUCCAGUGAAAGUGCAGAUUUUGGUCAAUAGUUAAUAACCAAGCUGUUAGUUAAACAAUAGUUUUUCCUCUACCUUCCUGGGUUGCAUUUUGCUUUCAGUUUUUAUUAGUAUUAUUGGCUCUUCCCCUUUAAGUGCUCUGUUCUAUCUGGAUGUGAGGGAAUGGAUUCCUAUGAAAGAAAGUGUAUAUAUUUCAUGACCUGAAAGCUCGUUGAGCUUGUGUGUUUCAAUGAUUAAACUGUGUAAUAAACUGAUUACUAAAGUC